AUGUUAACUCAGAUCGCUUUACUCACCAUUUUAGGAUCAUUGGUUGCCGCUGCACCAUCCGUCCACCCUAUCAAGAGGGACUCUGGCACUUAUGCGAAUUGUAGAUCUUUCUACGCUGAUGUGUAUGCGGAGACGGACCAGAAUGUAGAUCUGAAGAGUGUCAUUGGUGGUCCCCCAGCGAAUCAACAAGCGCUCGUGGAGUCCUCCAUCCAGACAUUCGCAGCUGGUUCAACAGUGAUGCAACAAAUUAUGAACGCAACCAAGAUCCCUGUCAAAGGUACAUACAAUAUGUGGUUUGAAUAUUGUGAACCCAAGAACAAUAAUGGGAAUGUACCGGGUAUCUUUCAGACUCAUCAUGGUUUGGUGGGUAAUGCGGGUUAUUGGAAUGUACAAUUGGAUAAUUCACCUAACAACUCAUUCGCUGAAAGUGCUGCUGCAGCGGGUUGGGCGACUUUGUCUUAUGACAGAUUAGGUGUAGGCAGAUCGGCCAAACCUGAUGGUACCAACGUUGUUCAGAUCGCCUAUGAGAUCGCUCAAUCGAUAUCCAUCGCUCAGUCAUUACGAGCAGGUAAUUUGAGCGAUGUAGGUAAAUUCAAUAAGAUCGUCGGUGUUGGUCACUCAUACGGAUCCAACCUUCUUACUGGUGUAGCUUCCGUCGGCCCUCAAGCAUUUGACGCAUUGAUCUUAACGGGUUUCACAAACAAUGCUACUCAAGGACCGCUCGGUCUCGCAGCCUUCCAAUCUACUAUCGCCUCUGUAGCAUACCCAGCAAGAUUUGCAAGUGAUGCAAAUGACUAUGUGAUCACUCCCAGUGUCUCGGUGGACCAAACCGGCUUCUUCCAUUAUCCAAAUUACACUAAUGGAUCUUUGGAUUUCUUUACGAAUAAUAAAGGAGAAUAUACUUUGGGUCAACAAAACUCCAUCGCUGCUCCACUCCAGUUGAAGAACAACUAUACGUCUCCCGUAUUUGUGGUAACAGGACAAUAUGACGCUCCCUACUGCGCUGCGAAUUGCUAUGUUACUUCUAGCUCCGGUUCCAACUCCACCACUUCUGCUGCUGGUAAUGGUACUGCUACCUCAACUCGACCAUCUCAAUUGGAUACUGCCAAGGAGCUGUACCCUUCCGCAAGUAUUUUCCAAACUUACGUGGUGCCCGACACAGCCCAUGGUAUCAACUAUCACACGACCGCUUAUGAGGCUUAUCAGAGGAUUAUCGAUUUUGUCAAGAGUGCCAGUGUAUAA